AUGGCUACCGACGUCUACCAACAGGCUAACGGCCUCGAUGAUCUCUUCGAUAACGACGAUGAGGACAUGGGAGAACUGGCAGAUAUGCCCGAUAUGCCGGAUAUGUCCGAUAUGGCAGUGUUGGCAGACGCGACACCCAACACACCUUUUGACCAAAGUUUCAACGUCCCCGCCGAGGGCAACGAUGAGUUGAGUGCGCUGUUGAACGAAGGCGGCGGGGAGGGCUUUGAUUUAAACGAGCUGAAUGAUAGAGAACUGGAACAAGGGGAAAAGGCAGAUGAUGCGGUUGACUACGAAGACAUCGGCGAUGAUGAGUUGCUACCGGACGAAGAACCGGCUCAAGACUCUCGAGGAAUACCGACGGACUUGCUGCCUGGCAUUGGAGAAAGCGCUCUCGACGGUCUCGAUGACGACGAUGAUCUCUUCGGCCCUUCUAGUCCCAUCCUGACAAGCGCUCCUCCACCCGUGACUGCUGCUUCAAAGCCACCCGAUAAACCUCUAAGAGAUGGAGAUCAAGAGUCGGAUCUUGCUUCGGACCACGGAGACGAUAUUACACAAGAUCUCUCCAUGCUCGAACCGGACCUGGAUGAGAUUGAAGAUGCCCAGUACAGGAUUCAGUUGGCACUGUUCGCACAGUCAGGAAAGGGCUUCGCUCCCACGACUGCGCAAGAGAACAUCGAUGAGUGGCUGAAGCUCGAAUUUCCUGACUUCAGGCGCGACGAGGCACCCUAUUUCAACAAACUCUUCCCACCUAGACCGUUCAAAUGGCAGGGCAAAGCGCCCCUGAAGCCUCCGAGGCAAGUCCGGCCCACCAAAGUCAACUUGGAAAUCGAGCAGGAUCAGAAAGUGGCCUUCAAUUCAGUAGUGCCAAGCUCUGCACCCGAAGUUGCAACCGACUUUGUGAGGACACGGGAGCAAGCGGCUGUGCAGGAAGUAGCGGAGUCUUCGGACGAAUCCGAUCCAGACGAACCCCUGCCGAGCGGCCUCUCCACGCAAGACCUAGAGUUUAUGUGCACCGACUUUGAUACAUUGUCCCAUCUGGCACUCUCGGAAGACGAAGUGGUUGAGAUCAGACCACGAAUCGUCGAACAUGAUGAAGAUAUGUUUGGUUUCGACGAGUUCAAUGACUUCGAACAGCCCCGUAAGAAGCGCCGACUCGGGUUAGAUCCUCAAGACAUUGUCACAAUUCAUCAAAUCGAUGUUCCGUCCCUUGAUGACCCUGAGAAACUUACGCAGAGACUCGCUGCCAAGGUUGUGCUGGAUUUGAAUGACACGGGUCUGCUGGUCGAAGAAGUUGAUCUUGAAGCCGCUCGGGCCAAGGCUCGUCCGGGCGACAAGACGACUACUGUCAAGACUCUGAAGGACCGCCUACAACAGCGCUUCAAGACCUCAAACGAUGCUGAAUAUGACCUUCUUAAGCAGAAUCAUCAACACAAAGUCCGAGGCCAGCUCACAAACUUGGCCAUUGAGCACUCGCUGCCUGCGAUCCGUCUGCAGUAUCCGUAUUUCCAGGUGCGCCUGUCGUUGCAAGACCUACGCAAUUUUCACCGCAAAAGAAUGCAUUUCAGACACCCCAUCACGUUCCGUCAACCUGUCAAAAUCAAGAGGAAGCAUCAAAAGAAUCGAUCGGCGAAGGAACUUUAUCCAACAACGAAAGAAAUCUCCCUGGCCGAUAACUCCUCGACGAUACUGCUGGAAUACUCAGAAGAACAUCCUCUGAUGAUGUCCCAAGCUGGAAUGGGCAAUAAAAUCAUCAACUACUAUCGCAAGAAGUCAAAAGACGACAAUUUCCGGCCCAAGCAUGACGUCGGCGAGACUUCAGUAUUGUUGCCCGAAGACAAAUCUCCAUUCCACAUCUUCGGCCAUAUUGAUCCCGGCGAGACCAUGACUGCUCUCUAUAACUCAAUGUACAGAGCACCAAUCUUUUCACAAGAUCCCAACCCCACAGAUUUCUUGGUGAUUAGAGAGAGCACCGGCGUUCACGGUCAGACUCACUAUCUGCGUAACCUGGAGAAUGUUUACGUCGUUGGGCAGGAACUUCCGUCGGUUACCAUUCCGGGGACACACUCUCGUAUGGUGACCACCGCCGCCAAGAACCGUCUCAAAGCCAUCUCAUACCGCAUUGCUCGUAAAAAGAAGAGCCAACGGAUUCGUGUGGAGGAGGUUACCAAGCAUUUCCCCGAUACUACAGACAUGCAGAAUCGGCAGAAAAUGAAAGAGUUCAUGGUCUUCAACAAGGAACACAAGGAGUGGGAGAUGCGAGCGGGUGAUAAAAUACCUACUGAAGAUCAAAUCCAAGCCUUGAUUCGACCGGAGGACAUCUGUCUGUUAGAGUCGAUGCAAGUUGGUGCCCAAUACCUCCAAGACGCUGGCUACGCCGACGUCGAUGACGAAGACGAUACCAAAGAGAAUGAGGCCGAUAGUAUCGAGCAACAACUUGCACCAUGGAGAACAACGAAGAACUUCAUGCAGGCCACCCAAGGCAAAGCUAUGCUGAAGUUGUUCGGUGAAGGCGAUCCAUCAGGCCGUGGGGAGGCGUUCUCGUUCAUCAAGACCAGUAUGAAGGGAGGGUUUAGGCCGAUUGGCGGCUCUGCUAUGGAUGCAAUCGCUCUGAAGAAGGAACUGGGCGGCCACAGCUACAACGUUGCCCGCCAGCAGAAAUCAUAUGAAGAGUCUAUCCGCGGCAUUUGGGACAAGCAAAAGGCGAGCCUUGGCUCGAGGAUUGAGCCGUCGGAUUUGGAUAUGGAUGGCGACGUCGACGCACAAGAAGACCAGCAUGUCAAUGGUCGAUCAAACAUCAGACCCACUUCAAUAUCCGGAACACAGACACCGUCCAUGUCGCGGCGUGGUCGCGACGACGAGACGGCCACCUCGUUCAGCAGACGCAGCGUGGGUAGUCAGACCCAGAAAGUGCUACGGAUUGUUCGUCAAGUCAAGACGAAGGAUGGUGAAACAGUCGAGCAAGAGUACAUUGAGACUGACCCUGCCGUCAUCAAAAAGUACUUGAAGAUCAAGGAAGCGGAAGAGAUUGAAAAUACAAGAAUCGAAGAAGCCCUGGCGCAACUCGAGAAGAACAAGGCCCGCCGCCAAAAGCGAAACAAGAACAAAGAAGCCGCCCUAGGAGGUACCACUUCCCCAGGGGGCACCGCGAUGUCUCCCGACGCCGACGGCUCCUUCACCGGUGGUGGAAAGAACACACAACCUACCCAGAGGAAGUGUGCAAAUUGCGGCCAGGUGGGGCAUAUCAAGACCAACAAAAAGUCAGUCAAGCCCAACGCAUUGUGCAAACAUUGUGAUCUCCCCUUUGACCGCAAAAUCGGAUCCGUGUUGGUACAUACGCCUGAUUUCUCGAGUCGAUGA